AAAGCAUCCAAAGCCUUGGUUUGAUAUGAUAUGGCAUGGCAUCCAAAUUUUCCAUAUUUCUAACAUUCAAUUCCCUUCACUUUCGUAGAACCUAAGGAAGGAAGAAGAAAGGCUUUGAAAUAAAACAAACAAAAAUGUGUCCGCUGAGAUUUAUUCUCAUAUUUCUCUCAGCGACUCUUGCCGGCUUCUUCCUUAUCCGUAACCUCAAAUCUCCCUCUCAAGAUUUCCACGCCCAAGACCAUACUUCCGAUUCCAAUUCCUCUUCAUCCCCCAACUCCAUCAAGGUCCUUCUUCCUCACUUCUUAUACAAUUCUUCUUUAGUUUCUUCCAUUUCCAUAUCAAAUCUUUCUUUCAUUAAUAUUUGGUGUGUACGUACGUGUCGUAUAUAUGUUUGAACAAUCUCAUCGGGGUUCUGGACGGUGGUAGAUAUGGCUUCCGGUCGCUACUUAUGGAGGCAUUUGUUUUCGUCGUCGUCGGAGAAGGCUUCCGAUUGA